CAUUUAUAUAGAAUCUAAGAAGGUAUACCGGUUAUCUGUAUCAUCAAAUUUCAUGGGGGGUUCAAUUAGGAAAAAGAAAUAUCUAAAAAGGCUCUGUGGGAAGGGGAAAGAGGCAAUAAUGCAAAAGAAAAACGAUUGAGAAAUGUGGCUCUACCCCAUUUGGAAAAUGCAAAAUGGAAAGCAAAAACAGAAGUAGAAAGCAAGGGAAACACACAGAAAUUGAAAACUUAGCAUGUUCCCUAUUUAAGACACACACGAAGGAAGGUCCGCAGAGAACCUAGAGCCCAGCUCACAGUCGCCCCCUCAGCCAGGCCAGCAGCAUCUGCAAGAUCCCCAUGGCCCUGCCCUUUCCCUUCCCGCUGGCCCUGCUGGUGCUCAGCUGCAACUCCAUCUGCUCCCUGGCGUGUGACCUGCCUGAGACCCACAGCCUGGGUGACAGGAGGGCCUUGGCGCUCCUGGAACAGAUGAGGAGAAUCUCCCUUUUGUCCUGCCUGCGGGACAGAAAGGACUUCGGAUUCCCCCAGGAGGUGUUUGAUGGCAACCAGCUGCAGAAGGCUCAAGCCAUCUCUGUGGUCCACGAGAUGAUCCAGCAGACCUUCCGCCUCUUCAGCACGGAGAGCGCCUCUGCUGCCUGGGAUAAGACCCUCCUACACAAAUUCUGCAAUGGACUUUAUCAGCAGCUGAGUGACCUGAGAGCCUGUGUGAUGCCCGAGGUGGGGGCGGAAGAGGCUCCGCGGACCGAUGAGGACGACUCCAUCCUGGCUGUGAGGAGAUACUUCGAAAGAAUCACUCUCUACCUGCAAGAGAAGAAAUACAGCCCUUGUGCCUGGGAGGUUGUCAGAGCAGAAAUCAUGAGAUCCUUCCCUUGA